AUGGAAACAGUCAACAACAAUCCUUCAUUCAUAAAUGUCAUUCAGGAGUCAUCGAAAAAUUAUGCCCAGCCUGACAUCCUGUGUCACACAUUUGACUUUCUCUCUAACCUUCACAAGUUGCUCCCAAAUCAUUUGGUGGAAGUGCUUCAUUCCUACAGAAGUGAAAGUGACAAAAUCAAAUGUGAGAAUUGUGAAUUCUCUGGCUUGGAAAAGAUCUUAGCAAGGCAUCAGUUGCCAAAAGAGGUUAGUCUGACUCCGAAGCCAAGCAAAAUGCCCUUGUGGAAAAGAAAAAAUAUCAACAAUAGAAGUGGCAACUGGAAGAAAUGUCACACAUGGAAGAAAAACACAUAUGAGCCACCCAUGUGCACAAUUGUUGCCAGGUGGGCAAAAAAGAACAUGAAACCCACAGAGGACCUCAAGUCAGUGAUCCAAAGACUGUCCACACUAGGCCCAAUUAUCUCAGUCACUCCUUGUGGACGACAAAGUGCAAUCGUGGUGUUCAAAGAUACCAGCUCAGCUUGUAAGGCUGUGAGUGCUUUUAGUGCCAUAUCCGCAGACUCGAUGUUUCAGUGUUCAUGGCAGCAUCGAUUCAUGACAAAGAAAACGGAUUUUGGCUAG